AUGUCUCAACAAACACCAACCAUUCUUCUCUAUCUCUUCACACUCCUCACUUCAGCCGACACUUCCAAUUACUCUUUCUCCGACUCCGACCCUCCUCCGCCCGCCCAGUGGCUCUACGCGCAGGCCACCCACACCGCCGCCGCCGACGCGCCCACCGCCGCCCUCAGCCAGGCCCUGUUCGAGCGCGGCCAGAUCUGCGGCGGCUGCUUCGAGCUGCGGUGCCGGGAGGAGGAGUCGGACUUCGACCGGCGGUGGUGCGUCCCCGGCACGUCGGUGACCGUGACGGCCACCAAUUUCUGCGCCCCCAACUACGGUUCCGACGCGGAGAGUCUUGGCGGACACUGUAACCCUCCGAAGCAGCACUUCGUGGUGGCCGUUGAGACAUUCGAGAAAAUCGCAAUCUGGAAGGCCGGCACCGGCAACAUGCCGGUGGAGUAUCGCAGGAUAAAGUGUAGAAGGGAAGGGGGGAUCCGGUUUACAAUUAAUGGUUCUGGAAUCUUCAUUUCGCUGCUGAUUAGCAAUGUGGGUGGCAUGGGAGACAUUGUUGGUGUGAAGGUGAAGGGUUCAAGAACUGGUUGGCUUCCCAUGGGUAGGAAUUGGGGUCAGAACUGGCAUGUCAAUGCCUUACUACAGAACCAACCUCUUUCCUUUGAGGUUACUGCUAGUGAUGGCAUAACUCUUACAUCUUACAAUGUUGCUCCCAAGGAUUGGACCUUUGGACAAUCUUUUCAAGGCAAGCAAUUUGAGUCUUAAUUCAGUCACCAAUCAAUUUUGUUUGGAGGGACCAUUCCCCUCCCAAAAAAGUUUUGAUAAUUAGGAUUGUCAAACACAUGUAACUUAUUCUUUCAAUAUGCUAAAAUCUUUUGGGGGUGUUUCCUAGCUUUAAUAAAUUUAAUGGAAAAGUGGCUUCUAUCACCACCU